AUGGCACACUGGCACUCACCCACCAUCAUUGAAUUACUCCUACAACUCGACGGCGAGGACAUCGGGGAGCUCGUCGUUGCAUACCUCCAGAGGUUGCAGUCCAGCGGGAUACCUGUUCACGUCGUCGUCAUUGAAAUCCUACAGGCGUUGCUCGCCCACUCAACUUCCGAGGACACUGCGCGGCGAUGGGCCUGUGAUGUGGCGUCAAGCAUGUAUGCGACUCAAAUCUCAGCGUUGUCAAAGAAGAGCUCAAACUUACAUUUUGGGGCAUCAUCGGCAAGAGCUGAUCAGCUAAAGGAUUUUGAUCUCGAUAACUUGGCGAUCCAGUUUCAAGCAGGCGCGCCAGACCUAUGGAGAUGCUAUGACCUCCUUCUCGCAGCCGAUCCAGCUGUGAAUGCCGCUCGUGAACGUCGAGAGCAUCAACGUAAGGAAAUGAAGGCGGCUACUCGAAAGGCUGCCCUGGCACAGUUUCGUUCGAAGCAUGACGAUAGCGAUGACGAUGGCGGUAACGAUGUGUCUGAGCUAUCAGAGAGUGACGAUGAAGAAGAUCCUAUACUUGGCGACCGGGCAAACAAAGCUCGUCAGUCAACAAUGACAAUACGCAAAGUCGUCAUGACUAGUAUCAUGCUGCAGAGCACUAAUCAGUAUUGCAAUGCGCUCCAGUCCAUGAUGGGAAUCUUCUUACAUUCAUGCAACGCGCCCGAGGAUAUAAUCGAAGUUCUCGCUCGUAUCGGCGUAUCAAUAUCGACCACAUCAAUCAACGAUGCGAUCACUAACUUAUCCAAAGAGUCUAGUACAGCCCUGCGGAGACUAGGGAAGACUCUAACAACAUCAUUUGCAUACGACAAUGUGGACAUAGAAUUGAAACAUACCGUUCCAACCCUUGAGAAACCCCACGAGACAUUGGUUCACCUCACAUCGGGCACAUUUAUUCCACUCGAUCAUGGUGUCGUUCGAGAGGAUCUCGAUUGCUCGCAGGAAUUGUGGCAGAGGUCACCGAUGAAUGCCGACCGAAGUGCUGUAGAACCUCCGAUUAACGAGGACGAGCUUCUGCAGCUUCAUCCAGAGACCCUGGAACAUCCAACAGGCCUCCUUCGAUCUGGCCGAUUCAACACUUGGGUGUUUAGGCGUGACUUGAUCCAGCACGGUCCACCAUUCUUUCGUCGCUACCUUAAGGAGCUGGGAAAACCGGAGGUUGUGGAGCAGAUCCCUGUUGUGAGAUCUAGCCAAGUGCCUGCGAAGAUGAUGGAUAUCAGUCAAUCGACACCACAAGGAAAUGGAGACGCUCUCGCCGAUCUAUUUCGGCAGGUAAAUGUCGGCGAUCCGACAGAGAAGGGCUGUAACGAAGUGACAGACGUCAAGAACUAUGUGGUACUGGUACACGGCGAUCUACUUACCGGUGAACGAAUCCAGAGCUUCCAGGCCUCACGCCGUAUCGAGAAAACACCAUGGCGGCGUAACCAGUUCAUCAUCUAUGUGAUGGGCCUCUUUCAUUUGAAGAUGGCGUGCGCUGAUGCAAUCUGGCGGAUUUGCAUAUUCCCCAAGGCUGCGAGAAACGAUCCUUCCAGUCUUAUUGCAUUUGUUGGUAUCCUUCGCAAGAAGGAGACAGCCAAAAUUGAAUCGAAGCCGGGGUUCCGCCGUAUGCAUGAAGUUAUCGAGCACGUUGGAGUCGUCUCACGAUUGGACUGCUGGAAAGUCCUCGCAUCGAAGCACUACAACGCCAGCCUUACGCUUGAGGAUUUCGCGAAGAGGAAGCCUACAUGGGAGUUAAUCGAGUCAAUGUCAAUCGAGCUCGCAAAGGAACACAUAGCAGAUCCAUCGUUUCACGAUGUUCGGCAGAAGAGCAACCUAGAACGAGAUAAAGUGAACGAAAACAUGCUGUUACUUCAAGAAUACUUCCUACUGUAUGAAGAACUGACCUUUUCGAUGAACGAAGGAGAUAUUGGCCGCCUCGAGAGUAGCUUCAUGUCUUGGGUUUACAUCUUUCGCGGGUGUGGGAAGCAUAAGUAUGCUGCACAGCUUGUCAGGUAUUUGAAGGACCUGCACUUCAAGUAUCGGCCAUUUCCUGGGCUACAGAAAGCAAUACGGAUGAACAUACUUUGUAAUCCAACGGGAAAACCAGGUCAUUUUCGCGGCAUUGAUUGGUGGGUUGAACAUAAUAACCUGUACCUGAAACGAAUCUACGGCGGGAAGUAUUCAAAUCAUACGAAAGGACGAAUUAUGAAGGAAUCACCUCUCAUUGAAACAUUCAAGAAUGUUCGCGUUCAGGCCACGAAGAUGUUCCAUCUCGACCAUCGUACUGUCAAACACUCACCUGCAAAGCUUGAGACUACGUUCAGGGCACUGGGCUUGUAUAUGGACGAAAUUAAGGCCAAUGAAUUCAUUCCUGGAAGGGCCGUGAAUUAUAGUAUCGCGGACAAGAAGAGCGAGGGAAUAUUCCUGGGUAUGACUAAAGCAUCUAAAGCGAUGCGAGGGGAAGAUAUUGACAUGGAGGGGAAUGAAGAUGAUGAUGAUGGCGAUCAGUUGCCAGAUAUCGAGCACGAGGUGGAAGACGACGGCGAUCUGGACGUAUAG